AUGACGCUUCCGGCACCGAAAGUGGUGGGUAUCUGCGGCGCCGCUAUCGCCGGCCCGACCCUUGCACUACACCUCCUGUCCCACCCCGUUCUUCGUACCCUCUUUCGUCCGGUUCUCUUCGACCAGUCUCCGGCACCAGCCCCGAUCACCGGCGAUGAAGGCUCAUCUCGAUCCUCGCCAUCAACCAACCACCAGCGCGCCGGCGCCUCGGUAGCCCUCCUCCCAAACGGCUUACAUCCCCUCCUGGCCCUCGGCCUCGGCGACGCCAUCCAUAAAUACGGCUACGAAUGCGGCGACCUGAGCCUCUGGUCCGCGCCCUCGUGUUUGGACCGUGACGCGGACGCCCCGCUCACCCACCUCAAGACGAUGGUCAACGGGUUCUGGUCUCACGACAUGCAGCUGGGCGCCAUGUACUUUGAGCGUGCGGGCUUGCAGUCCCUCUUUGUGGAUCGCGUGCGUGAGCUAAGAGGCGGAGUGAGGUGGUCCAAGAGGGCCGUCCGUUUCGAGCAUCUCGCCUCUUCCAGCAACAACACGGAAGAGAAAGACGGCCAUGGAGACGGUCAAACCCGUAUAGGCUUCGCCGAUGGCACCCACCUUGAUGUCGACCUUCUCGUUGGCGCAGACGGCGGGUACUCCGACGUCCGCCGCCACAUCCUUAACCUCCGUAACCCGGAUACUUCGGAGCGGCGCUGGCUGCCGGAUCAUAUGGGCAUGACAGGCAUCUAUGGCAUAUCCUCUGCCGACAAGAUGUCUGCUUCGCACGCACCUGAGCGUCCGUUUUCCGAAUCGCAUUCCGUGUGGUUGCCGCAGGGUUUUCUUGCCACGGGACCAUGUCCCGGAAGGAUGGUUCGCUGGGACCUGAUCCUCCCGGAACACACGCCGCCAGAACCCCGGCCCGACCCUGCAGAAGAUUCCUGCGCAGCUUCGAAAGACAUGGAUGAUCCCACCCCAGAUGUAAAAGGGGCCGAGGAACAAUGUCACGCCGCCAUCGCAUCCGGCCAAUACCCCAGGUCCGUCACCGUCGCCAUCCUCCGCGCCCACAUGCUCCUCCGCCACCCGUUCGCCGGCAACUUCAAGACGAUGCUGGACUCGGCGGACCGCAUCGUCCACACGCCCCUGCGCCAGCGAGUCUGGAAAGAAGACGAGAUCCGGUGGAGCGCCCCCGGCGGGUGCAGCGGCGGCGACGUCGUUCUCCUCGGCGACGCCGCGCGGCUGAUGCUCCCCACCAGCGGUCAGGGAACGGGCUUCGCGAUCGAGGACGCCACCGUUAUCGCAAGCAUGCUGCUAAAGCACUGCGGAGCCGGAACAACGGCCCCAUACGCGGGGGGCGAGCUCCAGGCAGCCGUCGAGGAGUAUGCCAGGCUCCGAGUACCCAGGUCGGAGAAGAUGGCCACCGCGGCGUCGUGGGUCGGAUCUGUCGGCCUGGGGUCGACGUGGUUCUAUCGGCUUUUGCGAAAAUAUGCCGCCAAGAUGUCGCCUGGGGCUGACUUGAAGUAUGUCUUGAUGAUGCCCUCCGGUGUCUUGCCCAUUUAUGCUUGGACCCUUGCGUGA